CUUGGAUCUUAUAAGAGAACAAAUCUGUUCAACUCCUGCAAAGGAACCACGGAAUCGUGUUAAUAAGGUUGUGUUUGUGUGACUGCUGACCGGCCAUGAUCCUGAACGCCUCUGACCUGGGCUGGGAUGAGUCCUCAGGUGCGGACCCCUUCUUCCCUGUGGACCAGCUGGAUGCCUCAUCUCCAUAUGAAGUCCCGCCUCUCACCGUUUGGGGCGUGGCCCUGUGUGUUUCAGGAACUCUCAUCGCCACUGAGAAUGCAAUCGUUGUAACCACCAUCUUGGCCACCCCGUCUCUACGCGCCCCUGUUUUCCUGCUGCUGGCCAGCCUUGGACUGGCGGAUCUCCUGGCAGGUGUCGCUCUGAUCCUUCACUUCCUCUUCCGUUUCUGUGUGAAGUCCAGUGAUUGGUCAGAAUUGCUAACCUCAGGACUGCUGGUGACAUCACUGACUGCCUCGCUCUGCAGCCUGAUGGGUGUCGCUCUGGACCGAUACCUGUCCUUGAGCCACGCCCUCACCUAUGGCUCAGGCCAGUCACGUCGCAGAGCUGCCGUCCUCCUGCUGCUGGUCUGGCUGGGUGCAUGUGUCAUCGGGGCGGGACCAGCAAUGGGAUGGCACUGUCUUAGAGACCCAGACUCCUGUUCAGUAGCACGACCUCUAACCCGCACUUACCUAUCGCUGCUGUGUGGUGGCUUCUUGGUGGUUGUCAUGGUAACCCUGCAAUUGUACGCUGGGAUCUGCCGCGUGGCAAGGCGGCACGCCCACGCCAUCGCCACCCAGAGGCACUUCCUCCCAACCAACCAAUCAUAUGCAAGCAAUCGCAGCAGCGGAAGGGGCUUCUCUCGGUUGAUCCUGGUCCUCAGUGUGUUUGUGGGCUGCUGGAUGCCUUUCUCCCUCUGGGGCCUGCUGGGAGAUGCGUCCAGCCCUCCUCUGUACACCUAUGCCACCUUGGUGCCAGCUGCAGGCAGCUCCCUGCUGAACCCCAUCCUCUACAGUCUGAGAAAUAAAGACAUUCGUAAGGUGCUGCUCCAGGCCUGCUGCCCCCACAGAUACACACUCAACACACACAUACACUACCCAGUGGAUGUGUAG